UGAUACGACAAACCUAUUGACUUCCUGUAUUAUGGGAACUUGCUACCAAAAGGAUGUCCACACGCAGCACUACGUCGCCUUCUCCACCUCCUGAAGCUAAGCGACAACAAAAAGUCGAUGAAGAACUAGCCUACACGAUCUACGAACCACUCCCACAUGGCGAGUUUAUACGUGUUCUAAAACUCCAGCCUGGCAAAACCGAAGACGACAUCCAGUGCAGCCUCGAAAUCAUUGACAUAGGAACGUCAAAGGACGCAUACGAGGCGAUAUCGUACGUUUGGGGCGACACCAAACACACUGUCGACGUAUGGUGCAACGGGGUGCAGGUUCUGAUUACCGUCAGCCUUGCGGAUGCUCUUCGAAACUUUCGACAUCCUUCCGAGCCUCGACUACUUUGGGCGGAUGCCCUGUGUAUCAACCAAAAAGAUGACCAAGAAAAGGGACAUCAGGUCAAGAGAAUGGGUGAAGUGUACGCCAACGCGAAGUGUGUACUGGUCUGGCUCAGAUGUGAUGUCAACAAUGUCGCCGCAGAUACGUUCGCUCUGAUUUGCGAGGCCAACGCCUAUUUUGGGGACUCGUUGGUGAAGGCGGGCAAGAAAGCCUCCAGAAUGGACCUAUUCGAGAAACCCUAUCCUAUCAGCAUGGACCCGGACAGAUGGUCAGGGGUCGUCAACCUCUUCAAGUUUCCAUGGUUCGAACGAGUAUGGACUGUUCAGGAAGUCGCUGUCGCCGCCGAAUGUCGCAUGUUCUGGGGCCCAGCCAGCGUCGACAUAGCCGAUGUACUGGAGAUAUGUGUGUGGCUUAGUAGAAAACCAGACUUGUACCUCACCGUUCAAGGAAUUGUUGGGAGCAUUCAACAUCGUUAUGGUCGCGAACUGGCACUUUACUUUCACUAUAAUACCAACCGGCCAGUAUCAUGGCAACAAUCUCGAGCUGGAUUAGCCUAUACAGCCAUUAGGUACAAAGAACAGACUCUAUGUGGAAUCCUUGCUGCCUCUCGAACUCUACAGGCUACAGAUCCUAGAGAUCACGUCUACGCAUUCUUGGGCUGUCCAGUCGCCAAGGACGGAAAGGGUCGAACGCUGGUAGACGCAGAUUACACGUCCUCGAUACACGUCCUAAAUAUUCGUCUCGCCUACGCGCUGAUGAAAAGCCCCACAGAAGGACCAUCUCUACUCUCAGCCGUUCGUCACAAGAGUAGAGAGAAUCUUCUGAACAGUGGUUAUCCAUCGUGGGUACCAGCAUGGCAUAUUAAUCCAGGGCGUUACAUCCGAGUGAUGGAUCCAAAAUACUGGUACAGCGCGAGUGGGACUACGAAGUUCUUUGCAACCAUUAGCCCUGACGAAGAAGACUUCUUGACGGUCGGAAGUUUCAUAUUUGACAAAGUCGUCUGGAGUUCCAACACGAUACAGGUUGAUGGAACAGGCUUGAGCUACACACAUCCGAACCCAACGGCCUACGAAUCAGACGAGUUGCCCAUCGAUACCUUAUUGAAUCAUGUAUUUCAAACAGCGACUGGAUUGGGACUUGCAAUACGUCGAGAAGACAUUGUUCGUACAUUGGGGUUGGGCUAUCCGGCACAAAGUUCUAGUCGUUCUGUUUCUUUUAGACGUCAAGAAGAGGAACUGGAAGCAUACAGAAAAAAGACCCGCCUAACCCGCUCGAGUGGUGUGGAGACGGCGAAGUGGAUGGUAAAAGAGAAGAAACGUGCACUAGACUUCGAACGGAAUCUGAGAACAUGCGACCGCUCAAAGAUAUUUUUGACAGAAAACGGGCGAUUAGGGAUGAUACCGCACGGUGAACUAGUCAAGGUUGGCGAUUUAUGUUGUAUCAUUUUUGGUGCAAUCGUCCCUUUUCUUCUUACACCAGCGAAAGAGGGCCGGCACAAGCUCGUAAGCGGUUGCUAUAUACACGGCGCAAUGAAUGGGGCAGUCGUACAACAGUUCGCUGGGAGCGACCUCAGUGACUGUCGCAUAAUUAUCGAAUAGGUUCUCAUACAGCAUUGUUCACCUGUUUCUUUGCUCUCAGACGGUUUUGAUGUUUUCAUGCGACGCGGUGUAUCUCGAUGUGAUUGUGAGUAACACGAAACCCUCAAAAGGUUUCUGAAGCAUACAACAACACGUAUCGCAGUACUCUGUGUUCGUCAUUACGGCUUAGGAUGUUCUUUACCUAGAUCUGAUACCUAAAGUCUGGUUCGCGAUCUGUGUAUUGCUUUCCAGCAGGCAUAAUAUAUCCUCGUGCAA